CCAUUCCCAGGUUGGAUUUUGUCCACAUGAAGAUCUGGAGGCCAGGUUGAAAGCUAAAAAUUUCUGACUCCAGAUAUCAGAAGAACAUCAGAAGCUAAACAGCAAACACCAUCUGCCGACCUGUCACCAUGGCCCACCAAUACCCAGCUCUCACCUCAGAGCAGAAGAAGGAGCUCUCAGCAAUUGCCCAGCGCAUUGUUGCCAAUGGAAAAGGGAUCCUGGCUGCAGAUGAAUCUGUAGGAACCAUGGGAAACCGCCUGCAGAGGAUCAAGGUGGAAAACACCGAGGAGAACCGCCGGCAAUUCCGAGAAAUCCUCUUCAGCGUGGACAGUUCCAUCAACCAGAGCAUCGGGGGAGUGAUCCUCUUCCAUGAGACCCUCUACCAGAAGGACAGCCAGGGAAAGCUGUUCAGAAACAUCCUCAAGGAGAAGGGGAUCAUGGUGGGAAUCAAGUUGGACCAAGGAGGUGCUCCCCUUGCAGGAACAAACAAGGAAACCACUAUUCAAGGGCUUGAUGGCCUCUCAGAGCGCUGUGCUCAGUACAAGAAAGACGGAGUUGACUUUGGGAAGUGGCGUGCAGUGCUGAGGAUUGCCGACCAGUGUCCAUCCAGCCUCGCCAUCCAGUCAAAUGCCAACGCCCUGGCCCGCUACGCCAGCAUCUGUCAGCAGAAUGGGCUAGUACCUAUUGUUGAGCCAGAGGUAGUUCCUGAUGGAGACCACGACCUGGAACACUGCCAGUAUGUUUAUGAGAAGGUCCUGGCUGCUGUCUACAAGGCCCUGAAUGACCAUCAUGUUUACCUGGAGGGCACCUUGCUAAAGCCCAACAUGGUGACUGCUGGACAUGCCUGCACCAAGAAGUAUACUCCAGAACAAGUGGCUAUGGCCACCGUCACAGCUUUCCACCGUACUGUUCCUGCAGCUGUCCCUGGCAUCUGCUUUUUGUCUGGCGGCAUGAGUGAAGAGGAUGCUACUGUCAACCUCAAUGCUAUCAACCUUUGCCCCAUACCAAAGCCCUGGAAACUAACCUUCUCUUACGGACGGGCCCUGCAGACCAGCGCACUGGCAGCCUGGGGUGGCAAGGCCGCCAACAAGAAGGCAACCCAGGAGGCCUUUAUGAAGCGGGUUGUGGCUAACUGCCAAGCAGUCAAAGGACAGUAUGUUUACACUGGCUCUUCCGGGGCCGCAUCCACCCAGUCACUCUUCGGGGACUUCUAUAGCUACUAGGACCUGAAGCUCGCCAGCCUGGCUCCUGUGCUUCCAGGUGUCUCAGCAGGAGGGCUGAAAGGGAAUGACCUUUCAACCAACACUGGAAAUGAGAAAAUAUUAGAUUGGAACUGCUGGAAACACAAAACAUGUUAAUCUUAAACAUACGAGAAAAAAAACAAAUCAAACGAAACACCUCAAAAGCUGAGCAUAGAGAAGUAGAGAAAUGCAGCUUAUGAAACAGUCUUAGCAGUGGUAGGUUGGGAAGGAGAAAUCUGCAACCUUAAGAAGAAAUAAAAUGCUCUAUAAACCUUC